AUGGCGGAUGUGAACAUAGAAGAAUACCCUGAUAGAGUGGCAGACACCUACAAGGACAAAACUGUCUUCAUCACAGGUGGUACAGGCUUCAUGGGAAAAGUCCUCGUAGAGAAAUUGUUGAGAUCUUGCUCCCAACUGAAGAAAAUCAUACUGUUAGUGAGGGUGAAGAAAGGAAAAAAGCCGCAAGAGAGGAUAAAAGAUAUCAUGAAUGACCCACUUUUUGAAUUGGUGAGAAAGCAGCAAGGUCCAGAGGUGGUAAAGAAAGUCCAGGCGAUAGGAGGAGAUGUGCAAAUGGCCGAUUUAGGUCUGUCACAUGAAGAUAGGACGAUCAUAUGCGCAGAAGCAGACUUUAUAUUCCACUGCGCAGCGACCAUAAGAUUCGACGAAGCUCUGAGGAAGGCAGUAUUGCUCAACGUUAGAGGAACGAAACUCAUGCUGGAUCUCGCGAAAGAAUGCAAAAAACUCAAGGUGUUUGUUCAUGUAUCCACUGCCUACUGUCAUUUACACGAAAGGGUGCUUGAAGAGCGAGUUUACCCACCCCCAGCAAAUCCUCACCAUCUAAUCAAAACUGCCGAAUGGAUGACUGAUGAAAUGAUAGACACUAUCACACCUAAGAUUUUGGGAGACAUACCAAACACAUAUGCUUUCACUAAAGCCCUAGGUGAAUCCCUGGUAGCAGACGAAAUGGACAAUCUUCCUGUUGUCAUCAUGAGACCCUCAAUAGUGAUUCCCGUGUGGAAAGAACCAAUUCCCGGUUGGACAGAUAACAUAAACGGCCCUGCAGGACUUCUGAUUGGUGCAGGUAAAGGGGUUAUAAGGACGAUGUACUGUAAUUCCGACAAGUACGCGGAUUUCCUUCCUGUCGACAUUGGAGUGAACGCGAUGAUCGUAAGCACCUUCGACUAUCUCAAUCACAAGCAAAGAAGAGUCUACAACCUAACCAGCUCCUCGGAAUACAAAAUCUCUUGGUCAGAGAUCAUAGAGAUAGGCAGGACGGUGAUAGAACAAAGGAUGCCAUUGAAUAAUGUCGCUUGGUAUCCAGGAGGGUCCAUGAAAACCUCCAGACUUGUGCACAACAUCUGUUUCUAUCUGUUCCACAUGCUACCAGCUAUUAUUGUCGAUGCCCUACUAGUAAUUCUAGGAUAUAAACCAGUUCUCAUGCGCGUUCAAAAGAGGAUAUCCAAAGGAUUCGAGGUGUUCGAGUACUACGCCAACAACCAAUGGGAUUUCGAAAAUAAGGAAUCGUGCAAGGCCAGGAACCUGAUGAACCCGAGAGAAAGGCGAAACUUCAAGGUGGACGGAGACGGAAUAGACUAUGUAGACUAUUUCACGGACUGCGUCCACUGCACACGAUUGUAUAUACUCAAGGAGUCUGACGACACCAUACCGGCCGCCAGGAGACACAUGAAAGUGAUGUGGAUUGUUGAUAUUCUGUUCAAAACGUUCUUCGUAGUUGGAAUGCUAUAUCUGCUGUGGACGAAAGUUUUCAAACCUUUGAUGGGUUUU